AAAUUUUCUUCGAGAGUAUACUCUUCACUCAGUCAUCUCUCUCCUUUUCUCUCUCUCUCUCUCUCGUUUUUCUCUCUACUUCAAACUUCAAUCCCUACCAAAUCCAAAAGCAUCCUCCAAUAAUUAAACUAUAACUUAACAAAAGCUAAAGCAAAAACCUAAAAUCAUCUCCACUCACAUAAAUACACAACCGCACUAACCUUUCAUCCAUUCUUUCACUCACCUGAUCAUCAUCAACAUCAACAACAAAUCACAAAUUUAUCCAUCGUUGCAUUCUGUUAAUCAGUUGCAACCGUCAUGGAUGAAAUGUACGGCUUCCAUUCCACAUCCACUCACACGAUUCCACCUGAAAACAACCUGAUCUCACCGGAUAAUUUCAUCGUUCACUCAACCGUCGAUCACUACUUGCCGUUUUGCUUAUCGGACGAUUUGUUAUCCGUUGCUGCUUCGGUUGUAACCGAUACGGUUUCGGUUGAAACUGCUCCUAAACAGAUUAUUCUUCAGAGAAGACGAAUCAACCGCAAUGGCGUCGAUGUUGGUGACGGUGAUGAUGAUGAUGAUUCUGGCGAUACGAUCAAGGAGAAGAUCGCGUCUCAUCCUUCGUUUACGAAACUUAUCGAUGCUUAUAUCGAUUGCCAGAAGGUGGGAGCACCACCGGAAAUAGCGAGUUUGUUAGACGAUAUCCGCCAGGAAAAUGACGUUCGUAAACGAAACGCUACCGUUUCUACUUGCUUAGGUGUUGAUCCUGAGCUCGACGAGUUUAUGGAAACCUUUUGCCGUUUAUUGGUGAAGUAUAAAUCCGAUCUCACAAGGCCUUUUGAUGAAGCUGAGACCUUCAUCGGCAAUAUUAAAACGCAACUCCGUAAUCUCAGCAUAGAUGAAGGUGGCAUUUCAUCUGAAGAAGAAGAAGUUAGUAGAGGAGAGACCGAUAGCACACAUAUGAGCCAAGAACUGAAGGAUACGUUGUUGCGUAAAUUCGGAGGUCGUAUAAGUUCCCUAAAGCAAGAAUUUACAAAGAAGAAGAAAAGAGGGAAGCUCCCAAAGGAGGCAAGGCAAACAUUACUUGAUUGGUGGAGUUCACAUUAUAAAUGGCCUUAUCCUACUGAAGGUGAUAAGAUAUCAUUAGCGGAAACAACUGGAUUAGAUCCUAAGCAAAUCAACAACUGGUUUAUAAACCAAAGGAAGCGUCACUGGAAACCAUCAGAAAGCAUGCAGUUAGCCAUCAUGGGUGGUCUUCCUGUUCCUGAUCAAUAUAUUUAUGAUGAUUAAACUCUGCAAAUAUAUAUACAUACAUACAUAUAUCUGUUGCAUGCUUUCAUGCAUGUAUAUUCUCAACUUAACAAACUAUAUUUGUAACUAAAAUAAUUUAAUCAUUAUGAUCCAAACUACUGCCUUUAACCACGCUAAAUUAGUUGAGUUAUUUUUCUGAAA